AGAAGAAAACAAAGUAACCCUGUCGAGAACAAUUUUUAGCAAAAUGUUUUAUUCUAUGAACUUGUCAAUUCACCCCAUUAAAAAGGAUAAAUGUGAUUUGUGCACAAAACAUGAAGUUGGUCAAUUAUCAGACAAAGAAUGGAAUACGCACAGACGUAAAAAAGAAAGGGCUCGUGAAGAAAAAAAGAGAGAUAAGGAAGAAGCAAAAAUGAACAAAAAAGGUCGGGUUUUAACAAUGGAUUUACAAGCUGUAAAAGUGUGUCCGUAUGUCCAAGCCAGCACAAUAUUUUUUAAGUUAAAACUGUGUUGCCACAAUUUUACAGUUUAUAAUGUAGUAACGCAUGAGGCAAAGUGUUUUUGGUUUAGUGAAACUGAAGCAGAUAUGACUGCAUCGACUUUUGCUUCUUGCAUUAUGGAAUACCUAACAACAGACUGUCAGAAUGAAUCUGGACCAAUUAUAAUUUACAGUGAUGGAUGUACUUACCAAAAUAGAAAUAAUAUUAUAGCAAAUGCAUUAUUAAACUAUUCUGUAAAUAAUAACAUAGAAAUUAUUCAAAAAUUUCUCGAAGUUGGACACACACAAAUGGAAUGCGACUCAGUUCACAGCUGCAUCGAAAGGAAAUUAAAAGGACGAGACAUUCAUUUACCUAGUGAUUAUCUACGAAUAACAAAGGAAGCAAGAAUGAAGCCCUUUCCAUAUGAAGUUAAAUGUAUGCAAUAUUUUAAUUUUAAAGAUUACUCAAUCAAGAAAUAUCAAAGAUAUGCAUCUAUUAGACCUGGAAAGGUCACAAAUGAUCCUGUGGUCACCGAUAUUAGAGCUCUCCAAUAUUUGCCGAAUGGAAACAUUUAUUACAAAUUGGAUUUUGAUGAUGAAUGGCGAGAACUUCCACAACGACAAAAACCUGUUUCUCAAAUGGUAGAAUGGCCACAAAUGUAUAAAGAGAAACGAAAAAUAAAAUUUCAAAAAUGGCAACAUUUGCAGCUGUUAAAGUCAGUAAUACCUACUGACUGUCAUAGUUUUUAUGACAGCUUAAAACAUGAUUCAGAGUAAAAUUUUUUAGAGAAUUUAUUGAUUCGUAAUAAAAGUAGUUUUUCCUAAA